GCCCACAGUAACUCUGGUGGCCAUGGCUCAGGGGACGCUCUCAAAAACCUCAGCAAUAAUGCCAACAGAUCAAGUAUAGCAAGUGUUAUGAGGGAAUAUUUUGACGAUUCUGAUGCAGAAACUCCACUUUCUUCUGAGAGUGAAGCUCUGAGAAUACCUGAAGAUUGCUUCCCCAAAUUCAUGUCUAACAGAAUGCCUUGCCUUAAUGCAUUUGACAACACAAAGUAUGGCAAACAAUGGAUGGUGCUUAGAAGUAAAGCAAACAAAAUUGUCAACCACAAAAUUUUUGAGAUUUUUAUAACAGUCAUUAUAAUUGCCAGCAGUGUUGAACUUGCUUUUGAAGACAUUUACCUGUUUGAAAAACCCCAGUUUGAAUAUUUUCUGAGAAUGGCGAACAUUGUGUUUACUGUCCUCUUCAUACUUGAGAUGUUGAUACAGUGGAUUGGUGUUGGUUUUGUUGCAUACUUCACAAAUUUGUGGACUAUCCUGGACUUCUGGAUUGUGCUGGUCACUUUUUUUUCCGUUCUUGGAGAUUUUUUUUCCUUUGGUCAUUUAACGGGAUUCAGAUCCUUGAGGACCUUACGCUCUCUCCGCCCUCUGAGAGCAAUAUCAAGAUGGCAAGGGAUGAGGAUUGUCGUCAAUGCUCUGAUGAAUGCAAUCCCAGCCAUUGGCAAUGUGUUCUUGGUCUGCAUGGUGUUCUGGCUGAUAUUCAGUAUCAUGGUUAUGUUUGAUUCCCAUAUAGUGCCCAACAGAAGUGCUUGUGUAACAAAAAAUGGCUUGUGGCUGAAUCCAAAUGUGAACUUUGACAAUGCAGCAAUUGGUUUUCUUGCACUGUUUCAAGUGGCCACUUUUGAGGGCUGGAUGGAGGUUAUUGAUAGUGCAGUAGAUGCUACAGAGGUGGAUAUGCAGCCAAAAUAUGAAGCAAGCAUUUACUCAUACAUGUACUUUGUUGUUUUCAUUAUUUUUGGAUCCUUCUUCUCCAUGAACCUCUUCAUUGGUGUUAUCAUUGACAACUUCAAUGUUUUGAAAAAGAAGUAUGAAGGAAGUUAUCUGGAUGCGUUUCUGACACAAAGUCAGAGAAGUUACUAUAAUACUCUGAAGAAACUUGGGAAAAAGAAGCCACAGAAAUCUAUCAAAAGGCCACAGAACAAGUUCCUCCUGUUUUUCUACAACUUAUCCAUGAGCAGCCACUUUGAAAUGGGCAUUAUGGUGUUUAUAUUCCUCAACAUGGUGGCAUUGGCUGUGCACCAUUAUAAAGAACCGCAGUCAGUGAGUGAUGUGCUCUUUAUGAUGGACAUUAUUUUCACCUUCAUCUUUGGACUGGAAGUAGCUGUGAAAUUAAUUGGCCUGCAGUUGUACUACUUCCGGGUGACAUGGAAUAUCUUUGAUUUUAGUAUCGUUGUUCUGUCAACUGUUGGUAAAAUGCUGAGCAACAUUGCCAAUUUUUUUACAGUCAAACCGACGUUCAUCAGGAUUCUACAUAUUUUUCGUAUGGGCAGUGUUUUGCGUCUAUUCAAAGGAGCCAAAGGCAUUCGCAAACUUCUGUUUGCCCUAAUUAUCUCUUUACCAGCAAUUUGCAAUAUUGGAGCAUUGCUUUUCCUGAUUAUGUUCAUGUAUUCUAUUCUUGGCAUGUCUUCAUUUGGCACAGUUAAACUAAAUGGAGUUCUUAAUGAAAUUGUAAAUUUUCAAACAUUUGGGAAUAGCUUUACACUGAUGCUUCGUCUGGCAACAUCGGCAGGCUGGAAUGAUGUUCUCGAAGGCUUGCUCAUCAAAGAGCCCUUCUGUAAUCCAAACUACUACACCCUGCCAAAUGGCAUAUCUAAAGAAUCCAGCAAUGGAGACUGUGGUGUGUCGUACCUGGCAAUACCUUUCAUGGUCAGUUAUAUUAUUAUUGUAUGGUUAAUUGUUAUAAACAUGUACAUUGCACAAGAGGAGGUUGGCAUCACCGAAGAUGAUUUUGAUAUGUUUUACACCGUCUGGGAGAAAUAUGACCCUUUUGCUACACAGUUCAUCAAGUAUGACCAGCUGGCAGAUUUUGUUGGGGACCUGGAGCCACCCCUGCUGAUUCCAAAGCCGAAUGAAAUAGCACUGGUGACUUUCAAUAUUCCCAUUAUGGAAGGGGAUAAAAUUCAUUGCUUGGACAUUCUGGUGGCACUUGUGAGAAAUGUCUUGUCAGAUGUGCAGGAGUCAGACGAGUUGACCACCCUGAAAGAGGAGAUGGAGGAAAAGUUUGCUCACCUGUUCCCUAAACGGUACAAUGUCACUGUGAAGUCAAGUACAAUGCAGAGAAAGAAAGAAGACGUGGCAGCCAGAACUCUUCAGAGGUCAUGGAGGAGUUUUAAGGCCCAGAGAGCCAUGAGAAACAUCACUGCCCUUGCCGUACAGCAGAGGAUUCGACGCAUGAGCAACAUCUGCAUAAGAUCUCGCACUGUUAUCAUGGAUAAUCUCAGUAACAGAAUUAAUCAAGCUCUUGCCCACUAUUUCAGAAUGCAAAGAGAAGGCUAUGGUCUUUUUUUAGGAGAGUCACAAAACGCUGAUGUUAGGAAUGAAGAAAGUGUCAAUCAGAUUACCUCCAGUGGGAAAAUAUCGCAAAUGUCUCAACAGAACAGUGAAGUCGUAAUGAUAGAUUCCUUGCUGUGA